AUGCGACCAUGUCAAAAAGAUCAAACGGAAAUUAUGGAUUAUGUAAACAAAUUACAGACUAGUUAUAUAGAAGAAACAGAUAAACAAGUUAUAGGAUGGGGUUUGAUGGAGUCUGCAUAUCCCACUAUCUCAAUAUUAGUUACUUAUUUAUUUAUUGUAUAUUAUGGUCCAAAAUAUAUGGAAAAUAGGAAACCGUUUAAUUUAAAAUAUGUUCUAUUGGCAUAUAAUAUAUUUCAAGUUAUAUUUUCUACCUAUGUAUUUAUUGAGUUAUUAGUAUCAGUGUCGCAUACAAAUAUUAAGUUACUGUGUCAGUCCUAUGAAAAAAUAGAUUAUUCUGACGAUGAAUAUAUAAAACGAGUUGCAAGGUGUCACUGGUUGUAUUUCAUAGCCAAAUUAAUAGAAUUACUAGAUACGAUAUUUUUUGUACUUAGAAAAAAGAAUAACCAGAUUACUAUAUUACAUGUAUAUCAUCAUGUCAUUAUGGCGUUUAGUUGGUAUUUUGUUGUUAGAUUUCUUGUAAUUUAUAGCACGUACAUAAUACCAUUAAUAAACAGUUUUGUUCAUAUAUUGAUGUACGGGUAUUAUUGUUUAUCAGCCCUGGGACCACAAAUGCAACCUUAUCUAUGGUGGAAAAAAUACCUCACUAAAAUACAAAUGUUUCAGUUUGCUAUCAUUAUAAUCCAUACUGGAGCUAAUUGUUUCAUACCAAAUUGUGGAUUCCUAUUACCUGUUAUGUUACAUUGCCUAUUUACCACCAUUGUUAUAGCUAUACUCUUUGCUAACUUCUAUUACCAAGCCUAUAUCAAUCAAGAUAAAACUAAUAAUAAUAAAGAAAAGAAAAGACGUUAG